CAGUUGAAGACGGGACGGCACGGCCGACGCAGGCCGCAGCGCUCCGCCCCGCCACGCCACGCCCCGCCGCGCUCAGCCGCGCAGUCCGCCGCCGUUGUCUGUCCAGCGCAGCGCGCAGAUUGCGAGGUCCAUCGCCAUUCCCCCGCGAGUGUCACGGCGAGCGGGGCAGCGUGCGAGUAGCGAGUCGCCGUCUCGGCGAGAGAUGUGAAGUCCGCGAGCCCGCGAGUGAGACUGUGUGUGUGUGCGAGUGACGCGGGCGCCCGCAGCCAAGGGACCGUAACCUUACAUUUGAGGUUAGGUUCGUCUGUUUGUUUUCAAGUGAAGUCGGGAACAAGACAGUCAAGAUGCCGAACGUGAUGUCGAGGGUUUUGGACAGCACGGCCGCCAAGUACAACAUACCCAGAGAGUACUUGUCGAAGACCAUACUGGGCACUGCUGUGUGUUUGUACGGCAUCAAGUUGGGCUAUCCAUUAAUACAACAACUCUGCAAGAAAAGUGUCACAUUAAAUGGUGUGAAGGACGUGAAGGGCAGUCGGACUCGAAACGGCACUGUAGUUCCUGCUAAUGGUCAAGAUGUGUCUACGAACAAUAACGAACAUGUGGCCAAUGGCAAGACUGUUGACAAUGGGAACAAAGGGCCAGCCACAAAGGAAAGACGCUCUUCACCAGCUGUCAACCAAGAGUUUUUACUACAAUUGGAAAAGCUUAUACGCAUCAUGAUUCCUGGACUGUGGUGUGGCGAAGUUGCUCUUCUGUCAGUUCACACAUUAGCUCUUUUUACUCGUACUUUCUUGUCAAUAUAUGUGGCGUCCAUGGAAGGACAAAUUGUGAAAUUUAUUGUGCGUCGAGACAUCUGGAAUUUCUCUAUUAUGCUGAUGAAGUGGCUGGGAGUAGCAGUGCCAGCUACGUUUAUCAACUCCAUGAUCCGCUAUUUAGAGAAUAAGCUGGCUCUAGCAUUCAGAACUCGGCUGGUGAACCACGCCUACUCCAAGUACUUCGCCGACCAGACCUACUACCGCGUGUCCAACCUGGACGGGCGCAUCGAGAACGCGGACCACCGGCUGACGGACGACAUCACGGCCUUCACGUCCUCGGUGGCGCACCUGUACUCGCACCUCACCAAGCCGCUGUUCGACUGCGCGCUCAUCGGGCUGGCCCUGGCUCAGUCCAGUCGGCGCAUGGGCGCCAACAUCAUUCCGGGCCCGCUGCUGGCGUGCGUUGUGAUCGGCGCCACCGGCCAGAUCCUCAAGGCGGUGUCGCCCAAGUUCGGCCUGCUGGUGGCCGAGGAGGCCAACCGGAAGGGCUACCUGCGCUCGAUCCACUCCAGGGUCAUCACCAACGCCGAGGAGAUCGCGUUCUACGGCGGCCACAAGGUUGAGCUGACCCACCUGCAGAGGGCCUACCAGACUCUAGUCCGCCAGAAGAACUACGUCUUCCAGCAGCGCCUCUGGUACGUGAUGUUGGAGCAGUUCCUCAUGAAGUACGUCUGGAGCGGCACCGGCAUGGUCAUGGUAGCGCUACCCAUCGUCAUGGGCACGCGCCUGCAAGUUGGAACAGAAACCUCAGACAGUGGGGUGAGCGAGCGCACUCAGUACUUCACCACAGCUCGUAAUCUUCUGGUGUCUGGAGCUGAUGCGGUUGAGAGGCUCAUGUCCUCCUACAAGGAAGUUGUUGAAUUGGCCGGUUACACAUCUCGUGUUGGCGAGAUGUUGGAUGUCUUUGGAGAAGUUGGUGAAGGCCGUUACAAGCGGACCACCACCUCAGCAACUAAACAAAAUUCUAGAGGGACUGAUAGACUAGAGUUCAAAGAUGGGCAGCCUGUAGCAAAAGGCAAAAUCACUGAAUCUACAGAUGGAAGCAUCGCUCUUAUUGAUGUGCCCGUUGUCACACCAAACUGUGAUGUUGUAGUUCCAUCACUGACAUUGGUGAUAAAUCAAGGAAUGCAUCUCUUAAUAACAGGCCCAAAUGGCUGCGGCAAGUCUUCGAUGUUCCGUAUCCUUAGUGGACUUUGGCCUGUAUAUGCUGGUGAGCUAAAACGACCAAAAGACUGCUCCAUGUUCUACAUUCCUCAAAGGCCAUACAUGUCUCUCGGAUCUUUGAGAGAUCAAGUAAUCUAUCCAGACACAGUAGAGGAUAUGAAAAGGAAGGGGAUGACUGAUGAUGAUCUAGAACGUAGUUUGGCCCUUGUUCAUCUUUCCCAGUUGGUUCUCCGGGAGGGAGGCUGGGAUGCACAGGCUGAUUGGAAAGAUACUCUAUCGGGUGGGGAAAAGCAGAGAGUCGCAGUCGCUCGUCUAUUCUACCACAAGCCCAAGUUUGCUUUGCUGGAUGAAUGCACAAGUGCUGUUAGCAUUGAUGUUGAAAGUAACAUCUAUCAAGCAGCAAAGGAUGCUGGAGUUACCCUGCUCACUAUUACCCAUCGUCCGUCUCUGUGGAAAUUUCACAGUCAUAUUCUGCAGUUUGAUGGCGAAGGUGGAUGGAAUCUAUCUCCUCUUGACGCAAAGACUGCCAUGACUCUUCGACAAGAGAAGGCUCAUUUAGAGGCUCAGCUUGCAGAUAUACCUGUAGCCCAACAACGCCUCCAGGAGGUAUGUAAAGAACUAGAGGAUGAAGAGGAAAGAUUACUGUCAACGACUUGUAACUAGACAUCGUUUUAUGUUAUAUAUUGUCAAAAUAAUCAUGUGCUGUGCCACACGCAAGCUUUUAAUUACCUUGCCAGUCCUACAAGAACAAGAGUAAUGUUUCUUAAAACUCUUCAAAUCAAUCUAAAAUAUGUUCUAUCAUAUUUGCCAUUGUAUGUUUAAUAUUUCCUAUUCUAUCAAUUUGGAGAUUUUUGUGAUCUUUUACUAAUUAGGUAAAAUUUUGGCAUUUGGAGUGUGUUGACUCCAUGUAAAUAUUAGACUAUCUAUGAACUGUGUACAUUUUCUACUUGCUUUUUUAUUUUUUGUGCAAAUAUUGGUCCACAAGUGCCUUUUAUUGGUAUACUGUUUUCUUGCUUUUUUGUUUGUUUUCUAGAAAGGUGGAAGGAAAGUGUUUUCAUAAUGCCAAAAAGCAGUUGGAUAUGAAUAACAAUUACCAAACCUAGUCGGUGUUAGUAUGCUCUCUCAAUACACUUUGCUUUUCUGACAAUGAAAAAGCUCGGUUCUGACAACCAAUAAAUUCUUUGACGUUCCAAACUUUCAUUAUCUUGAUGAAUUAUUGCCACGUGCAAUUGCAACAAUAUUCUGCGCAAUUGGAUGAUUUGACAAAUUUUAGUAGACUUCUGCUUCAUUAGCUCCAAUUUUUCCACAUAGGUUAAAAUGUUUGAUACUAUUUUUUGCCUGUUAUAGACUCACAGUACUUCCUAAAUGAGAAAGGAAUUUUAGCUCCUAAUUGAUCGUAGUGAUAUGCAUUCUGAUCAUCAACAGGGUAGAAAUGUUUGUGUUUUAUCUGGAACAGUGUUUUUCUGGGAACUUGAAUGUGAUGUACUGAUGUAUCUCAAUCAUGAGAGACUUUAGAGCACUAGGAUUUAUGUUGAGGCGACAAAACUCUGUAUCCAUAGUUUGAUAUACAUAGUUUUGUUGCUUUGACAAGCUUUCUUAGUGUAGAAAUACGUAUUCUAGGAUAUAUUUUCAGGGUUUUAUUCUUAUGUAGAGAACAGCUGGUCUUUCUCUUCUUCCUGUAACAUUAGUUUUGUAGAAACUUUUCAUCGAUUUUAAAAAUAUCCAUCUAUGUAAUCAAAACUGUGUGUAACUUUUCAAAUUUUCUGUGCUCAGUAGGUAAUCUAAUCAACUCUUUCUUCAAUUUAAGCUAGUUCAAUCUUUUCAUUUCCAAAAGAAAAUAUCUAUUUUGUAAAGUCAGCAUUUUAUUUUGAAAAGGCUUGGGUGAAUGGAAAAUGUUCCUAAUCAUAAAAAAUUUUCACACGAAGUUUAAAUUGUAAGGUACAGUAUUCACCUGAGUAUAAGACCCCACCCUUUGGAUGGCCCAAUUUUAUUGGGAGAAGUUCUCAGAGUCUCCCCAUACACUUCUAAAGGAUUGUUAGUGGUAUGAAUGCUUGGUGACACCCCACACAUAUAAGACACCCCCUCCCCUCUCGCCCCUCUCGCCCCUCUCCCAUCUCUACUUUUUAACCAAAUUUUUUGUGGGGAAUAAAGGUGUUAUACUCAGCUAAAUACGGUAAUAUGAUGAUAUGCAUUAUGCUGUGUUACAAAAACUGUGAGGAAAGGCUUCACUUGCUUAGUUUCUUCAUCUGUUUGUAUUGAGUGAAAACCCGUGCAAGUGUAAACAUGUCCCUUGUUUUUUUAUAUUCUUAUGAAUUCCACAAGCUGCACUUGUAUGGAGUUUGGUCAUGAACAACCAAAAAAUUCUAUGAAUUUUGUGAAAAUUUGAAGAUUAUUUCAAUAUAACAGUACAAGUGAUUUGUAUUUUUAUUUGGAAUUACUGACUUGUAUCCCAUUUGUAAUUGAGAUCGUUCCAAAAUAUUGAUUAAAAUAAUAUUUUAGGAAUCCAUGACCUUCAGAUAGUGCACUUACUUAAAUUUUACUAUUUUAGUAUUACGUGAUAUUAUUGUAUUUCUGAUUGGUUUUAUUGUUAUUUUUGCAACAGAUGUUGAUGUGAUAUUAAUGAAUCGUAAGUCUAAACCAAUUUACAGUGAGUUAAAGCUUUAACUGUUUGUAUAUGUCUAUUUAUAUUUAACCACCUCUUGGGCAUUAAUCCAGUAUAUCACUAAUCAUGAGUGAUAAUAGGUUGGGCUCAAUAUCAAAUAUUCAUUCGUUCAGAUGGUAUUGAUAAUAAAUGUCCUUUGUACAUUCUA